CAGGAGGCUAAGUUUACUUGAAUACGGGUGGAAAGAAAUAACGCAGCGACAGUUGCCCGACUUUUCCCUGGUAUUUGAGGUAAUUGCUGUCCAGCCUAAUGGAGCAUGUCCAAGGGACCUGGAAAACCCUGAGUAAUGGGUUUGGAUUCAGAGACUCAGUGUUUGAGGAUAGCUGCACGUCUCCUCCUAAAACCAAAAGCUUUCCCUAUCGGAGACGCUCAUCGGAUGAUGAAAAAUUCACAAACCUCUCCAAAGUGAACACGAUCCGUGUUUUUCUGCCAAAUCAGCAGCGUACUGUGGUGAACGUACGACCAGGCAUGACCCUGCACAGCUGCCUCAUUAAGGCCCUUAAAGUUCGAGGUCUCCAGCCCGAGUGCUGUGCUGUGUUCAGGCUUAAUCCCGCCCUGCCGAGAAGCAAAAAAUCUCGUGUGGACUGGAACACCGAUUCUACCUCUCUGAUUGGGGAAGAGCUGCUGGUGGAAGUCUUAGAUCACGUACCACUAACAACACACAAUUUUGUACGAAAGACGUUUCUGAAGCUGGCCUUCUGUGACAUUUGCCAGAAGUUUCUUUUACAUGGCUUCCGAUGUCAGACGUGUGGAUACAAAUUCCAUGAGCACUGCAGCACCAAAGUCCCCACCAUGUGUGUUGACUGGAGCAACAUUCGACAGCUCCUUUUGUUUCCCACACCCGGAGAAAGUGGAGCACCAUCACUUCCACCUCUCUCAUCUCGGAGGAUGCGAGACUCUUUAUCCCGAUUUCCUGCCAGCGCUUAUCACAGACACUCAACACCUCAUGCCUUUAACUACAUUGCACCCUUGCCACCCUCCAGCGGUUCUCUCUCCCAGAAACAGCGCUCCACGUCCACACCCAACGUCCACAUGGUCAGCAGCCAGCCUGCGGGUGGUGCUUCAUCUGAGGAUGCCUUAAAAAUUCAGGACUCGGGAAGACCUUCUAAUCUCAGUCCCACAGGAUGGGCUCAGGCUAAACCUCCAGGCCUUGUUCACAGAGAAAAGGCUUCAUCUAAUACUCAGGAGAAAAACCGAAUGCGACCCAGGGAGAAGCGAGACUCGUGCUACUACUGGGAGAUCAAUGCCAGCGAGGUAGUUCUGCACUCCUGCAUUGGAUCAGGGACAUUUGGGACAGUUUACAAGGGGAAAUGGCACGGAGAUGUUGCUGUGAAGAUUUUAAAGGUCAAAGAUCCUACACCAGAGCAGUUUCAGGCCUUUCGCAAUGAGGUGGCAGUUUUAAGAAAGACUCGGCACGUCAAUAUCUUGCUGUUCAUGGGAUACAUGACCAAAGAUAACCUGGCCAUUGUGACCCAGUGGUGUGACGGAAGCAGCCUCUAUAAACACCUGCAUGUCCAGGACACCAAACUGAGGCUGUUCCAGCUGAUUGACAUCGCCAGGCAGAUCGCGCAAGGCAUAGACUAUUUGCAUGCUAAGAACAUCAUCCACCGGGACAUGAAGUCACAAAACAUUUUCCUCCAUGAAGGCUUAACAGUGAAGAUUGGAGACUUUGGUUUGGCCACUGUGAAGACACGGUGGAGCGGCUCGAAUCCAGUAGAGAAGCCUUCCGGAUCCAUUCUUUGGAUGGCUCCUGAGGUGAUCAGGAUGCAGGACAGUAAUCCAUACAGUUUCCAGUCGGACGUCUACUCCUACGGUAUUGUGCUUUAUGAGUUGAUGACCGGCGAGCUUCCAUAUUCAUUGAUUGCGAACGGAGACCAGAUCAUUUACAUGGUAGGAAAAGGUUACUUGUCUCCAGACCUAAGCAAGCUGUAUAAGAACUGCCCCAAAGCAAUGAAGAGACUCGUCGCUGACUGCAUCAAAAAGUCGAAAGAUGACAGGCCGCUGUUCCCACAAAUUCUGGCCUCUAUAGAGCUGCUGCAACACUCGCUGCCCAAAAUCAACCGCAGCGCUUCCGAGCCGUCGCUUCACAGAGCCGCUCACACGGAAGACAUCAGCAUUUGCACUCUGACCUCCAGCAGACUGCCUGUCUUCUAACAUGGCUGCCAUCUUAUUAUUUAUGCACAGAUUCCUUCUGCUAAACCUGGAGCACAUCAAUCACAUUAAUGUAUUUAAAUUAUUUCCCAGAACAAAGCACCAGAGUAGAAGAAGGAGAGCAGAGUUUUUAACGGUUCAGAUGAAGUGAAGAAGAUUGAGUCUUCAUAUGUGACUGUGUUCCUUUAAAAGGGCACAUUUUAUUAUUACACUUAAUUUCUUCUGGUGUGAUGAGGUAUACUGCAUAGCAUUAAAUACACCAUUAGUAAACUAUGACUGGGUUUUAGCUGUGGAACUGUAUGUAGCAAAAUGCUUUAUCAUAAAUAUUGGGUCAACUAAGAUGAGAUUGCUGCUAUGAGUUGUUACUCUAAACACACCAAAAGGGUAGUGUUUUUUUUUUUGUUUUUUUUUUAUAACUACCCCCGAAGCUAUUAAUCUGGAAUGGUUGUCAGAUAUUUUGAAGUCUCUGAUUUUAGUUCUGCCCCCUUCUGCAAUCCUCACAAGAAUGGUUCGAAAUAAAUUCAACGUAGAUUUCACUACAGCGAACAAGAAUACUGAAGUUGUACAAAUUUAAAAAUGCCAAAAUCAGCAUUUGACACAUUGCAAAUUUUGGUUUGGUUUGGUUUGCUUUCCCAGGUAAAAAAAUUCCAUGUACACUUCCUUACCAAACGCAGCACUUUUUUUUUCUUUUUUCUUACAACAGGAAGAAAGAAAGCAUGCAUGUAAAAAUGCAGGACUGCACAUUACACCUCUUGAGGGUUGGCUGAGCUGCAACACUAUACCCAAGCACAGAGUAUUAUCCGAUACUCAAAACCAGUCCGAUAUUAACUUCCUCUCAGGAGCCGAGGCCUGCGGGCGGGAUUUAAGACCCGUCCGUAUCUUUACGUGCACUUGUGUUGGGUUCGUCAAAAUAAUACACCUUCACAGCAUGAUCCACAUCAUUCACCUAGUUAUCCAGUGUUUCAGGUCUAUAUUGGACCUGAUUUCCAUACAGUAUUGGAUCACUGUGUUUGUUUUACAAAUCCAUGAAUAAUUUGUCCUUCCUUAUUCAAAUUCUUCUUCUCUGUUCAUUUUUUAAUGAGAUUUAAAUCUGACCUAGUGAGGGUUUGGUUGUCUAAAGAGCUGAGCUCUUAUAGACUUGUAACUACACACUAAUCAUAGGAGACCUAGUGAAAAGUUUUGCUUACAUUAUGUUGCAGGUCUACAGGUAGUUUUUUAUCACUUUAAGGUCUCAUAAAGUUAGACACAUGCUUACAUUUUUUUUUUAAAACCUCUUUACUGUGUAUCAGUUAUUUCCCAUUUUAACGUGUUGUCUUUUUAGGUUUGUAUAGAAAUUUAGGAAUAAAAAAUGAGAGCAUAUCAAUGAUGAUUACUGAGAUAAGACAUUUUCCUCUGUAUUUUGACCCGAUAUUCUUUAGCGAGGUCCAACUUGUGCACUUGAAAGACUGUUGCUUUGUAUUUUAAUAAAAGAUAAAUAUACAA